CGCAGAACGUUUGAUCAGGUUGGGCAAAAGUGCCGGGAAUUUCAAUGAGCUAAUCAAUUGAGUUGCGAAAGUGAAUUGAGUAGAAAGUGUGGGAAUAUGUGGACUUGCUUAGUGGUUUUGUUCAUGGCAGGAUUUACCCAGGCUAAAUCCCCUCCUGACGCCACAUUGGAUACAUUUUUGAAUGACACCAAUCAACAACUCGCUGUUAUUUAUGAUCAGGCUGUGUUGGCUCAGUUGUUGAAUGAGUUGCGUGGACCCAAUGAUUUGGUGGCACUAUUGGAGAUCGAGGUCACCGAUGAUAAGCUUAUAAAAUAUGUGAAGAGUCUAACGACCCGUAAGGCCAAGUUCAAGCGGUUGGGUCUAGGGGAUUCCCGCCAGCGGAGGCUUCUCGCCAAGUUUCCCCUACUGGGCUAUGAGGCUCUGUCUCCUAGAGAUUUAAAGCGGGUCUACGCACUGGCCUCCAAUAUGAGCGAUAAUUACCACAACGUCAAGUUGUGUGCAUACAAACAGCCGGAUAAUUGCACUCUGCGACUCAUACCACAGGUUCAAUCGAUAGUUCAAGGGAGCCGAGAUCUGGACGAGAUUGAGUAUUACUGGUUUGAGUGGCGAAGGCGCACGGGUUUGGCCACCAGGUCUCAGUUCGUGGCCUUCAUGGAUCUGUAUAAAAAGACCGCCCAGCUGAAUGGAUAUGAUCGUGCAGAGGACUAUUGGUUCCGAUCCUUGGAACUAAAUGGUCAGGAGACCAUGUCCUUGUUAGAUAAAAUAAUGCAUGGCUUGCGACCUUUGUUUCUGCAGUUUCACGCUCAUGUCAGGGGUUCGUUGAGGAAGAUGCAUGGGGAAAGAUUGGUCCCCAGGAACAGACCCUAUCCCCAACAUCUGGCAGAGGUCUUCAUUGGUAAUGCCUUCAGGCGGGUCCAGGCCGAAUGGUAUGUGGAUUUGCCAUCACCUGAGGCAGGUUUGGUCAAUAUCACCCAGGAGCUGCAUCGUCGGGGAUUGAGCACCACUCAAAGGGUAUUCUGGAAUGUGGCCGAGUACUUUAGAGCACUGGGUCUUCCCCAGUUGGAAAGCUCCCUUUGGACAUAUGCUCAAAAAGUAUCCUCCGAUGACGACGAUCGCUGUUGGCACAAAGCCUGGCGGUAUUAUGCCCUGCCCAGAACCAACUUUACCUACUGUCCCCUGAACGACGAGGAGCGUUUCUUCAACAUGUUUGAGGCCCAGGCGGACCUGCACUACUAUCGAGCUGCCUCCAUUCAACCGACCUUACUUCAGGAGGAGCCCUUUCCCAAUUUCAGUGAUGCGAUUGGCAAGUGUUUCUCCAUGGCAGCCAGUUCACCGCGUUUUCUCCGAAAACUGGGAUUAUUAAAGGAGGGCAAAUGGAAGGAGUUGCCAGCUCGCUUGAAUCGCCUGUAUGUUCAGGGCCUUCGGGUUGUGUUCCUCCUGCCCGUUUUCUACGUCCUGGAUCGCUUUCGAAUCGAAGUUCUAAGUGGACACAUUAAGGCGGAUGACAAUGAGGCCUACUGGCGAUUUACAGAGCACUAUACAGGAGCAGCAGCUCCAACAAAAAGGACCAAUGAACAGUUCGAUGUGCCGGCCAAGCUGCUCAUGGAGGUGGAUGACCAGUAUGCCAGCCACAUUCUGAGCAUUGUGCUGCAGUUCCAAUUGUUGGAACACUUCUGCACCAAAACAGGGCAGUUUGAAAAGGGAAAUCCCAAGAAACCUUUGGAUUUGUGCGAUCUAUCCGAUCAGCGUGGCCUAGGAGAAAUUCUCCAAAAGGCCAUGUCCCUGGGAUCUUCGGUUUACUACAGAGACGUUCUACAAGAGCUGGUUAAUCAACCCGAAAUCAGCAUAGAUGGCUUACUGACCUACUUUCAGCCUCUACAAGAUUGGUUACAGCACCAAAAUCAACAGAAUAAACUCGAUGUUGGUUGGUCAUAAA